AAUGUGAGAAGAAUAGAAUAAAUACUAACCGAAGGGAAGAACGCGAUAAAAGAUUAAAUAUUACAAAACAAAAAAAUUACAAUUCUAAAUGGGCACAAAUGACUAGUUUAGCACUAGCUAGUAGUUUUAUCGAGAUGCCGCUAUCAAGACCGAACGCGUUUGUACCAUCGAACGCGAUAUCGACGCAGACCUACAUCUCGACAAACGAAAGUAACCACUUGCCCCCGUUAAAAGGGGGCAGCCUAGUCUUGAAACAGGGUGAAUCGCCCCAGAGUCACUCGGCGCACGGAAGUACGCAUUUGCCAAGUUUGGGUUCCAGCGCUAACAACAGCCUGCAAAAUCUUCCCAGCAAUUCGGACAGCUUGAACAUCAGCCUGAGUUCUCACGCGAGCCAUACGAGCCACAAUUCUAGCUGCCACAAUUCCCACUCGCAACCGAACAGCCAGUCGAGCAGUCCGAUGGUGAAAAAUGGCAGAACGGAAGGAAACUCGACCGUUAGCGGAAAGCCUGCGACGACCAUCGCGACCCCCGACACAGUUAUGAAGCUCUACAUGAAGUACCUUACGCCGCACGAACAUCACGAGAUAUUCAACUAUCCGCAGAUAUACUACAUCGGAGCUAACGCCAAAAAGCGGCCCGGGAUCAUCGGGGUCGCUGCUAACAACAACGGGUACGACAACGACCAGGGAUCGUACAUUCACAUCACUCACGAUCACGUAGCCUAUAGAUACGAGGUCCUCAAGGUCAUCGGCAAGGGCUCGUUUGGCCAGGUCGUCAAGGCCUACGAUCACAAGACCCAGGAACACGUCGCGCUUAAAAUGGUCAGGAACGAGAAGAGAUUUUAUCGUCAGGCUCAGGAGGAGAUUAGAAUAUUGAGGAAUUUGAGGGAACAGGAUAAGGAGAAUACAAUGAACAUUAUACACAUGUACGAUUCAUUUUCGUUCAGAAAUCACAUGUGCAUUACCUUCGAACUGCUUAGUAUUAACCUUUACGAACUCAUUAAGAAAAACAAGUUCCAAGGCUUUAGUCUUGCUCUUGUUAGAAAGUUUUCACACUCUUUGCUACAGUGCCUCGACGCUCUCUAUAAAAACAAAAUCAUUCACUGCGACAUGAAGCCUGAAAAUGUCCUCCUCAAACAACAGGGACGCAGCGGUAUCAAGGUGAUUGAUUUCGGCUCAAGCUGUUACGAACACCAACGAGUGUACACGUAUAUACAGAGCAGAUUUUACCGAGCGCCCGAAGUGAUAUUGGGAGCGAGAUACGGUAUGCCGAUAGACAUGUGGAGUCUGGGUUGUAUCCUGGCGGAGAUGUUCACCGGUUUUCCCCUCCUUCCGGGCGAGGACGAGGCCGAUCAGCUGGCCUGCAUAAUAGAGCUGCUGGGCAUGCCGCCUCAGAGGUUGCUCGACAGCGCUAAGAGGUCGCGGAACUUUAUAAGCUCGAAGGGUUACCCGAGGUACUGCACGGCGACGACGAUGGCCGAUGGGACGACGAUGCUUAGUGGCGGCCUCUCGCGUCGAGGGAAACGAAGGGGACCUCCAGGCUCGAAGGAGCUGAAGAGGGCGCUGAAGGGAUGCGACGACGCCUACUUUCUCGACUUCAUACGAAAGUGCCUAGAGUGGGAUCCCGAGCUUCGGUUGACGCCGAAUAAGGCGUUGAAGCACAACUGGCUGAGAAGGAGACUGCCCAAACCGCCUGGCGAAAAAAAUGACUCGCAGCAACAACAGCAGCAGCAGCAGCAGCAACAGCAACAGCAACAGCAACAGCAGCAAAAUGUCGCUCCGGUAACAGCGCCAACUUCCGGACUCAGGACGCCCGCUUCCGGAAGCAGAAACUCUAGCAAAACUACGUCGAUUCCCCCCCUAAGUUGGCGGACGGACGGGGAUAUACGAUCUAUGCUUAAGAAUUACAAAUAGUACGAGAUUUACCACUCGAGUUAUGGAUAGUGUAGUUGUUACUAUUGUCAUUAUUAUGUCAUCGAUGUGGUUGAUCAUCGUAGAUGUAUAACUGUAUAUGACUGCGGUUCAUCAUUAUCGGGUCAUUACUUAUACAAUGUCACACUCUGAUGACCAAAAGAAGAAAAAUGUACCGCGGAUUUAGUUCUUCUUUCUUUCUUCAUUUGUUUUGUAGCGAUAUUCACGUGUGUGUCUGCACGGCGUAGGCGUGGACUCUUUAUACUCUUAUUAACAUGUGACAAUUGUUUGGACGACGUCCGUUAGACGAGUAUAGGUUAAGUGAUGAACGGUUACGUGUGAAUGACAAAUUCGAGUUUUAACUGUCUAUGAGUGUUUC